AUGGAUUUUGAAGCAGCCUACAUCGUUGAUUCAGUGGGGGAAAUGCCGACUACAUUCAAGUCGGCGAUGGAAUCAAGCGACUCCGGCAAGUGGAAAAAAGCGUGUGACUCGGAGUUCGACUCGCUUCAGAGAAACGACACGUGA